AUGCGUGCGGACGCUACGACGGAGGCCCACGGCCAAGGUCCGCAACAACCCCAUCUGGCCAAACAAGACGCGGCAACGGUAGAUCCCGCACAACUCACAGCCCUGUCUCCCGAAGUGAUCUCUCGCCAGGCCACCAUUAAUGUGGGAACCAUUGGACACGUGGCGCACGGCAAGUCCACCGUUGUCAAGGCCAUUUCCGGAGUGCAAACGGUCCGCUUCAAGAACGAACUCGAGCGGAACAUUACCAUCAAACUCGGGCCCCUCUACACUUCCCGAGGCUCUUCACACGCCGAUAUCUUCACCGAAGGAGGUCGAACCUACCAUCUGCGCCGUCACGUGUCCUUCGUCGAUUGCCCCGGACACGACAUUCUCAUGGCGACCAUGCUGAACGGGGCCGCCGUCAUGGACGCCGCCCUCCUGCUCAUUGCCGGAAACGAGACUUGCCCCCAACCGCAGACUUCCGAACAUUUGGCCGCCGUAGAAAUCAUGCGCCUCGAACAUAUCCUCAUUCUGCAAAACAAGGUCGAUCUCGUCAAACCCGAUGCCGCCGUCGCGCAACAGGAACAGAUUCGCAAGUUCGUCGCUGGAACCGUGGCCGACGCCGCACCCAUUCUCCCCAUUUCCGCCGUACUCCGAUACAAUAUGGACGUACUCUGUGAAUACCUCAUUCGACGAAUCCCUCUACCGGUACGGGACUUUACCUCCCAACCCCGCCUCAUUGUUAUUCGAUCAUUCGACGUCAACCGCCCCGGACAAGACGUUUCCAAACUACAAGGCGGCGUCGCUGGAGGAAGUAUUCUACAGGGUGUCCUCCGUGUUGGUGACGAAAUCGAAGUCCGACCCGGAAUCGUACACAAGCAGGACGAUAAAAUUGUUUGCGUACCCAUUUUCAGCAAGAUUUCCUCCCUUUACGCCGAACAGAACGAUCUCCAGUUUGCCGUCCCCGGAGGCUUGAUCGGCGUCGGGACCAAAAUCGAUCCCACCCUUACCCGCGCUGAUCGUCUCGUCGGACAAGUCCUCGGUCUCAAGGGACAGCUGCCGGAUGUCUUUUCAGAAAUCGAAAUCUCCUACUAUCUGCUUCGCCGAUUACUCGGAGUCAAAACAUCCGACGGUGGCAAACAGGCCAAGGUACAGAAACUCACCAAGAACGAAAUUCUCAUGGUGAACAUUGGUUCCACCGCCACCGGUGGACGAGUGUCCGCCGUCAAGGGAGAAUUGGCCAAAAUAACCCUCACACAACCCGUGUGUACCGAAGAAGGUGAGAAGAUUGCCCUCUCCCGACGCGUCGACAAGCACUGGCGGUUGAUUGGUUGGGGACAAAUUCGCAAGGGAAACGUUGUGGAAAUAGCCGAGUCGGCGUAA